AUGUCUCCCCAUCGAAAGGCUUCUAUCCUUCGGUUCAGGAUUUCCAAUGAUGUUCUCUUUUCAAUUUUGGAGUAUCUUGACCCGCCGUCUCUAUGGCGAGCGUGUAAGGCAUUUCGACGAAUCUACUCCCUCGCAAUGGAUUAUCAAUCCCUUCGCUACAAGUAUGAGCUUGCAGUAUCUGGAAUGAAGGAUGGGCUCGUACCCUAUUCCACAGCUCCCCCCAUUUCCAGGCUCCAACUUCUCCUGAGUUAUAGGAAAGGCUGGCUUGAGCUUGCUUGGACACAUGAACACAGGCUACAAAUUUCUUCGCCUGCCCAAGUAGGUAGCUCAGGGGGGUUUGUCCACCAGAUCCACAGCCAUGGGCCUUUUAGCACGGUGGAGAUUUCUGAGCUUCCCUCCUGCAGGAAGAAUCGCCCGCCUGCUCUCACUCGCCACCUCAAGUUUACCACCUCUGUUGUCGACCGCGUCGUAGUCGACCUCGUCGAAGUCUUGAUUGUUACCGCUCAAAUCUUCAGUCAUCAAGGCCAGAUUGGUGUUCAGCUCCAUUUUAGGGAUCUGUGGAGCUUUGCUAAACACCCUCGCGCCCGUGCCUUGACUUACGAGUUCUCCAGCCCAAUCUCUGCCAAUACUGCUAUCGUGCGCAUGACCUUCCUCGUGUGCGGUUCAAAGUUGGCUGUUUCUCUCGAGUUGUCGGGUGGAAGGUUCAAACAUUUGAUUUUAAACUGGUUGAACUUUGACGCACGCUGGCUUGACGAUCAGGAUAUCCAGUUCCUCGAUGAGACGUAUCUGUUUGGGGUCAGUACCAAAUCCGGCUCUGCUAUCAUGAGCCUUUACAAUGUCUCGAAGGUGGCGUCUAUCUCUGUCGUUCGAGAGUUCGAACUGCCUGAAACAUGGUCCAACACUAUCGUGAAGUUUUUACCGAACACGUCGCCUAGGUCCGAUAUCUCUCAGUCUUCGGAUGCUCUGUUCUAUGCUGCGCCUGAGACUCGUGUCUUCGCUAUUUCAUCUACUCCAGCUGCUAUUUCCCAUUCGGGAUAUUACCCGAUGAACUGGCUUUUCUUGAAGGAGUCAUACUUCAGGUUCCCUUCUCGCAAGGACGGAUUCCGCGUUUCAUGGAGGCAGUGGGGUCGAUACUGUCUUAUAAAGGAGAUAGAUGUUCCUCCUAGUGCCAUUCGCGGUCCAUGCGUUGUAGGAACGAAAGUCUUUUACGUCGAAAAUGCGCUUGCUCAUUCCUCGAGAAGUCCUACGCCCAGCAGUCGCUCUACUCGCCUGCGUGUCAUUGAUUUUUCGCCUUUCGCUGAGCCCGAUGAAUUUCCUAGAGGGUGGACAUUUGUCGGUCCACGAGCGAGCCUUUUCCCGAUUGAGAGUCGCAGGUCUAUCCCGUCUUCGUCGGUCGAUGGUUUGCCAGUCGAGGGUCUUGAUGCUACCGAAGAUAAUGUUAUCCUGUUUUUGGAAUCGCGACAAGGUCAUCAAUCCGUCAACGUGCUGACUUUUGGUACACCCAUUCAAGGCAAUGGGAUUAGUCGAACACGCCAUUGA